AGGUCGCUGGCUGGGGAGUGUUUAAUAAGGGGGCACCAUAAAUGCCAACGUUCUGUUAGCAGCGUUGCUAAUGCUAAACGUCAACUACAUUACAUACGUGUAGCUUCAAGCUAAGAGCUAGCCGAUGAUGCUAACCACCAACGUCAGCUAAAUUGAACGUGUACCACGCCUGUAGACAAACAUUCACAUUUAAGCAUAAACUCUCCUGAUAUGAACUGUUUCCAGUUUAGCAAAAGUGCUUAUUUUAAGUUAACGGGCGUAAAACAUUCUUGUGAUAAACAACAUUGAUGUGGGUGUGGGUGGGCCCGCAUGUUGCAUAACGGACUGUAAUGGGGGAGCUUUGGCUAACGUUAGCCAGCUAGCUUUUGCAGUCUGAUUAAAAAAUAUAAUGCAACUCUGUGUGGUCUAAUUUAAAUGUUAUUGCGAUCACAUAUUACAAACGCAAAAUUGCAUUGCGUGUGUUGCCAUGUUGUCGGGGUAACAGUACAAAAAAGGCUGUUUUAGUCUGCUAGCUAAAGUUAGCCGCUAGCUAGCUUGCUGUAAGAAGGGGCGUCACACAAACCGUGGCCAGACUGCUAUUAGUUUAGCCAGCUAAAUUGGAGUUAGCACCUUCCCCCCCCCCCUGUGCACGCAGCAGACCCUGAGAUAUGUCCACCUGUCGGGAGUUUUAAGAGUCCCUGCUGAUGUUUUUGCUCGCUGCAAGCUGAACUCGUAGCUCUGGAAAAGGCGUAGUUCCCUGUUUCUGUUGCAUGUGGUAACUUCUUGUUGUCAUCGCUGAACAGUGACCGUGUCCCUACGCCGGAGCUCUGCCGACAGACGACGAUGAAGAGAAUCAGGCACCCCAGCAGCAGUGAUGACUCCGACAAUGGAAGAAGGAAACCAAGUCAGAGAAAAGGAAAGCAGGGCAGCAGAUGGACAAAGAUUGAGGAAAAGAGAAAGAAGUUCUACAGUCUGAGAGACAGGAGACAGAGUAGGGACACUUGGACCUUUAAAGACAUCCCGGCAGGUCAGACGGACAAACUCAAAUCUGACCUCAGUGAACAACUCCAUCAACAAUAUUUAGCGUUUGUUUUAUCCGCCACAAAAUCUGAGAUGGGUGGGGUUUUACCACGUCGUAUAACAUGCCGGGGUAAUUCUACCUGCUGGUCGCAGCAUUCAUCACAGCCCAGGAGGGGGGCCGGGCAGAAAGCCUCCGAGGUUUUCAGGACCGACCUGAUCACCGCCAUGAAGGUGCACGACUCGAACCAGCUCAGCACCGAGGACUACUACGUCCUCGUCGACCCGUGGAGGCAGGAGUGGGAGAAGGGCGUCCAGGUUCCCGUCAGCCCCCAGUCCAUCCCGCAGCCCGUCGCCAGGGUGAUGGCCGAGAAAGGGAAGGAGGUCAUGUUCGUCAGGCCGAAGAAGUUGAUCCGGACGUCGGGCACCGAGGUGCUGGGCUACGUGGACAUCCGGACGCUGGCGGAGGGGAUGUGCCGCUACGACCUGAACGAGGAGGACGUGACCUGGCUGCAGACCACCAACCAGGAGUUUGCAGAGAUGGCCAUGCCGCCGCUGGACGAGAUCACCAUGGAGCGGGUGAUGGAGGAGUUUGAGCGCUGCUGCCACGAAAACAUGACUCACGCCACGGAGACGGAGGAGGGGUUGGGCAUCGAGUACGACGAGGACGUGGUGUGUGACGUGUGCCAGUCGCCUGACGGGGAGGACAACAACGAGAUGGUGUUCUGCGACAAGUGCAACAUCUGCGUUCACCAGGCGUGUUACGGCAUCCAGAAAGUCCCGAAGGGCAGCUGGCUGUGCCGGAUCUGCGCCCUCGGCAUCCUGCCAAAGUGCCAGCUGUGCCCCAAGAAGGGGGGAGCCAUGAAGCCGACCCGAAGCGGAACCAAAUGGGUCCACGUCAGCUGUGCCUUGUGGAUUCCAGAGGUGAGCAUCGGGAAUCCAGAGAAGAUGGAGCCGAUCACCAACGUGUCCCACAUUCCCAGCAACAGAUGGGCUCUGAUCUGCUGCCUGUGCAAAGAGAAGUCCGGAGCGUGUAUACAGUGCUCAGCGAAGAACUGCCGGACUGCCUUCCACGUGACGUGCGGCCUCCACGCCAGCCUUGAAAUGAACACCAUCCUCACGGAGGACGACGAGGUCAAGUUCAAGUCCUACUGCCCCAAACACUCCGGGCUUGAGGGCGACGAGUCCAGAGACAGAGACUCGGGAGGCGAGGAGGAGAAGGAGAGCGCCAGAGACAAGAAGGGCAAGAGGAGAGGCCGGGUGAGAGGGGACGAAGACGCCGCCUCCUCCUCUUCGUCUUCCUACGUGGCCCCUAAGCUCAUCCACAGAGCGCCCAGCGAUCUGGAGGUGUUCACCAGCCGGCAGCAGGAGAAGAGAGUCAGCCUCCGCAAGCUGAAGCUGCAGGAGAUGGAGGAAGAGUUCUACCAGUUUGUGGAGGUGGAGGAGGUGGCCGGUCACAUGAAGCUGCUGCCGGAGGUGGUGGACUUCCUGUACCAGUACUGGAAACUCAAACGCAAAGCCAACUUCAACCAGCCACUCCUCACGCCCAAGAAGGACGAGGAGGAGAGCCUGGCACGCCGCGAGCACGAGGUGCUGCUGCGACGCCUGCAGCUCUUCACACACCUGCGUCAGGACCUGGAGAGGGUCCGUAACUUGACCUACAUGGUGACUCGGAGGGAGAAGAUGAAGCGCUCGCUGUGGAGAGUCCAGGAGCAGAUCUUCCAGCACCAAGUCCGACUGCUCGACCACGAGCUGCUCACAGGCGAUCCUUCAGAGAAGGAUCUGGAGAAGCUCUUCUCUCUGGGCUGGUUAUCCUCUCAGGGCUCUGAGUCUGGAUCCUCUUGGAGCCACUCUGGACUGAAAACCAAACGAGGCUCUUUAAAGCAGGAAAAAAGGAAAAGCGGCGACAGAAAGGGCCUCGCUGACUCCACGCACUGUCACAAGAAGGACAAUCUGAGCAAACCGCCGGAGGCGAGGGACAGUAAAGGCUCCCGAAUCAAAGAGUCUGAGCCUGCGGACACGAGUCAGGAGCUCCACAAGCCAGAAGUCUUUCAGGAAACGAUCACCGUCAAGCUGCACAAACCCGAGAGCAGGAGAGGCCCCAGGAGGGAGGCCCCGGGGCCCGAACACGAGACGCUGGCCAGACGGAAACGAGACACUGACCACGAACAAGAGGAGCGGAGGAGGAAGAGGAGGAGCGAUGUGAUGGACAGCUUCCCCAGCCAGGUGAAGAGCCGCUUCGGCGCAAAACACCUGGAGAAAACCGUGUCCAUCAGGCUGGUUGAUAUCAGGAACUCUGACAAUGACGACUACUUCAUGGACGACAGAAUGACCAAAAGGAGCUCCGUGUCUCUGGACGUGACGACCAACACUAAACUCAACAGAGCCAGCGACGUCUCAGACGCCGCCGCCCUCUCCAAAGCCAAAGGCUGGCUGAGGAAAGCUCAGGCGAACGGCUCGCACACAACCAGCAGACACGUGGGCGGACAUCUUAGAAGCUGGGGGAAGUUCAGGAUCCCGAAGAGGAGCGAGAAGCCUCUGACGGCGGCGUUGAAGGAGGACGAGGAGUUGGAAGAAGAGGAGAUUGAGGAGGAGCACUGCAAGCCACUGCUGACCAACACACCGGAGACAUCGUACCCCAGGACAAGACUCCGCUCGGUGGUGGAGAACGACGGCUACGCCUCUGACUCCAAACCGAGCGACGGCGAGAUGGAGCCCUGCUUGAAGCGAUGCCACUCCCACCAGCUGAGGGGCGAGUCGUCUCUCGGCCGGCGCUACGGGUCUGACAUCAUCCACCGAGGCGUGCUGGCCUCCUGAUGGCGGAGCGACACUUUGAAAAUAAGCUGCACUGUGUUCGUCGGAAGAGAACGGCGAUGCGUAUCUGUACAAGAUGCAUCGUCUCUUUGAACCUUUUAUUUUUCUCGAUGCAUCAUGAAAAUGCCAAGAUAAAAACAACAGAGCUGAUAUUUAUUUUUUAUUUGUAACAUAUGUAAAUCUGGGAAAUAUUUGACUUUAUUUUGAGCUAGUUUUGUUUCCUUAAAAGUAGAAAGAUGUCAAGUUGCCAGUUAAACGCUCGCUCAGAUAUUUACAAGCAUAAGCGUCAGCGAGGGAGAAGUUGAUUGGGACCAUAAGCUUGCGAUGUAAUUAGUUUUGUGUCAUAGUAUUAAACUUUCACUUAGUGGGAGGAGCUGACUGUCAGCGAAUAAGAUUCUUUAGAUCUUUUUUUAAUCAAGCUUCAUUGGACGUUAGCAGCUAUAAACAGGAAGUGAAACUGCCCUUUUUAUCGCUAUUUAAACUCCAGCUGUCAUCGUUUCUUCAGUUGCGAUUGUGGAACAUUAUGAACUGGGACACCACAACAAAAAAAGGAAUUUAAAUGACGUUUUACGCGUCAUCAUCAUCAUCAUCAUCACUUAAGUGUAAUUGAACUGCGAUCGUAUCGUAUCCAUCAUGUGCCUAACUUUUAUUUGAAGCGUUUGCACUACGAGAGCACGGCACAGGUGCGGGGUAUGAGUAGAGUUAUUUUUACACUGAAAGAUUUAAAAAGCGUUUUGUACCCUCGGCUGCUGCUGUACUACUGUUAUGCAAAAUGAAACCUGUUUGUCUUCGUCUUAAAGAGGAAUAAAAAAACUCUGCGGGACUCGA